AGACUUCUGAGUUCUACUGGCCGUGUCAGUCACAUAGAUUUUGGUUCAGUGAUCGACAAUAUUCUGAGGGUUUACGAUGCCGUUAUAGCUAAACACACAGCGCGCGGGUGAAUAUCAAGCACCGAUAUGGCUUGUAUCUGGUUACUUCUGCUGUUACUAAUGGCAACAGCCAGAUUACCGAGGCCAGUCAGUCGAAUUUCACUUAUUGGGUCAUGGGAAAUUCGUGACAGUAAGCAAUCCACUUCCAUCGAGGUGAUAUCCGGAGCCGAUAUGUUUUCAGCUCUAUGGACUGCACGCAUAAUAAACGAUCCGUUAUCUGACCAACACGACAGCGAAUAUAGAUCAUAUGCAUGGGAAGAUUGGACAUUUCAACACAUAUUCCGAACAGCCCCUAAACGAACCCAAAAUGAGGUCACUGAACUAUGCUGCGAUGGUGUGGACACCUUCUGUGAUGUGGCUUUGAAUGACAUUAUACUCGGUACUGGAAACAGUAGUUUUUUGUCUGUAUGUUGGGAUAUCAGUCAGUAUAUUCGCACCGAUGAUACGAAUGAGUUGAAACUUGCGUGCAAAUCCACCCUUCAGACAGCAAAUCGUAUAGCGUCCGAGAGAAGAAGGCGUGGACAGCCCAAAGCUCCACCAGACUGCUGGCCAGAUGAACUACAUGGAGAAUGUCACAUCAAUCUCGUACGUACCACACCGGCAUCAACAGGUUGGGAUUGGGGACCGGCAUUUCCGAUUCAGGGUUUCUGGCAUCCACCGCGUUUGAUCACCUCACCUUCGAAUAUUCGACUGGGGGAAGGGUUUAAAUUCUACAGUUUUGUAAGCCAAAAUACCAGUGAUCAACUGUGGAGCGCCUACGCCAGUGUUGAAGUGCUCCGUCCAUCAGAUCGUAGAGUGCUGGAUGGAAGUGAGACGCUAUGCAUCUCCGUGGUGCUUGAUUCGUGGUCACCCCCGAACGGAAACACUUGCUUUGCAGUAGCUCAGAACGUGACACAGAUAGAUGUCAUGGUACCAAUUCUGACAAACAGUGAGGGAAUAGAACCUUGGUGGCCCAACGGAAUGUUUUCGGGUCCACGAACGUAUGAACUAUAUUUAACUUUAUCUACCACAGACGGAUUCGUGUUGGACCGGGCGCAAUAUUCAGUGGGCUUUCGUGAAGUGCAAUUAAUUGAAAAACCGGUGGUACGCGACGAUCCGGAUGCUGGUUUGUCCUUCUACCUACAAAUAAAUGGUGUGCCAGUGUUUGCCAAAGGUGCCAACUGGAUUCCACAUCGGUUGCUACCUGGGCGUGUUUCCGGAUUUAUGCACAACUCGACGCGUGAUCCUUCGUGGGAUAGUAAACGAUUACUCCGCUCAGCAGCGAUGACCGGAAUGAAUAUUGUUCGUGUUUGGGGUGGUGGCCGGUACGAACCAGAGGAAUUCUAUCGUGAGGCUGAUCGGCUCGGACUGAUGAUUUGGCAUGAUAUGAUGUUUGCGGUGUCCACAUAUCCAUCAAGAGAAAGCCCAGAUCCAUUGGACACCGUGGAAAAGGAAGUUCGAAGACAGGUUCGCCGUCUACACUCUCAUCCGUCCAUCGUAGUCUGGGCCACCGAUAACGAAGUGAGACAAGCCAUAAUGGAUAAUUGGUACGGUGGCAACCGAACGCAACUCCUGGCUGCAUUCCAAGAUCGGUUUGUCGGAUCCGUGGCUCGAGCAAUCACAGAACAAGAGCGCGUUCCCAAGGAUUGGAUUCAACUGGAGGAAAGCCUCAAGUAUCACCCAAGAAAAUGCUUGAUUUCAUCCCCAAGCAACGGAAUCGUGACGGAACAAGCAAAGGGUACUGACCGAAACCCGCAGGACCCCCGGUUUGGCGACGUUCACUACUACAAUUACUAUGGUAACUUAUGGCUUGAAACUGUGUAUCCCGUUACACGGUUUACAUCGGAAUUCGGAAUACAAUCCCUCCCGAGUGCGUUGGCAUGGAGUCGCUCUCUAAGUGAUCCGACGGAAGAAGUGCACUGGGAUAUCAACGGCUCACUGAUGAAGCACAGGCAACACAGAGCGGCGAAUGAACUCUUCGCGUUGGCAGCGAAGCUAAUUGGAGAGCCCACCGAGUUAUCGGACAUGAAGAAACGAUACAUCAGAUGGGCGUACUUGACACAGCUGAAUCAAAUGAUGUCCUACCGAGCACACAUCAACCGCCUGAUGAGGCAUCAGUGUCGAUUGGUAGGAUCGACAGUGCAACCCGAUGAGAAAUCCAGCAUGGGCGCAAUGUAUUGGCAACUUAAUGACGUUUGGUCAGCUCCCACGUGGUCCACGAUAGAUGCAGCGGGGCAAUGGAAAAUGGCGCACUAUGGGGCCGUAACCGAAUGCUUCCGGUCGCGUCGGUUGGGUCGCGUUGCAGUGUACGUCAAUGGGGAACAGCUGGAAGUGGACUGGAUACCACCAAACCAAUCAAAAAUUGCCGUUGUGCCAGACGUAUUCGUGAUACGAUGUUACACCAUCAUGUCUCUACGGCCCACAGCGGAGUGGAGAAUUAAUGUGGACUGGCAGCACUAUGACACCAGUUGCCCAGUACCUGUGCUCACAUCAAGCCUAAGCUCCAUGGAGAAUCGAUGUAACUGGACUGAUUCGAACGUGAGUGGCCGAAUUGUGCACGUUAGCAUGGAAAAGGAAGGUGAGGUAGUAGACGGUGAGAGUUACACUCUGCUAGAAACGCCAGCAGAAAUCAAUUGGCCCAAGAGAAGCAAGGAUCAAGGGGCGCGCGUGACCCAGUUCCGAGAGAUACCAAAAUCCGAAGUCGAUCCACAGGCACCGUUCACACCUACCAGUGUAUAUGCACUGACAGUGGAGACUAUAUUACCGGAACUAUUCGUCUGGUUGGAGCUAAACUACACAUUAGACAUGGAAUAUUGGUUUAGUGAGAAUGCUUUCAAUUUGCUUACCACCAGUAGUAGGUGGAUUCACUUGUAUGUAUCAAGCAGCAGAUUCGUCAGUCCAGAGCGCAUACAUUCAGCCAUUAUCUUGAACACAUUGACCACUAUACGCGAGGAGCACGAAACUUAAUGAGAAAAGCCAUCUAGUACUCCGAAAACUGUGAAUGUUUUCCCUCAUCUUUUGUAAACACACGCAAACUAGCCCGUGCUUCCUCAUGUGGUCGUUUGCAGUUGGAAAGUAUACAUACAUGCUGAUAGAUUU